AUGCUGGAUAUGUGGGGUCAGUCCUACCCCCUCGUGCGCUCCCUCCACGCUAUAUACAGCAGCGACAGGUCGGCGUUGCCUUCAGCCAAAUCAUUGGAGACUAUCAUCUGGAGCUCGCAGAACCCAAAGUUUGUCACCGGAAAGGGCUUGGUGAUCUACCCAGACAUUGGGGAUAAACUGGACAUCAUCUGCCCCAAGGCGGACGCGGGAAGGGACUAUGAGUUCUACAAGCUGUAUUUGGUGAAGCAGGUGCAGGCGGAGAGCUGCAGUACUGUGCUGGAUCCAAAUGUCCUGGUCACCUGCAACAAGCCAGAGAAGGACAUCAAGUUCACCAUCAAGUUUCAGGAGUUCAGCCCCAACUACAUGGGCCUGGAGUUCAAGAGGAACAUCAACUAUUUCAUCACCUAUCGUCCGACUACACCCACAAGCUACAUUUGA